ACGGCCCGCGCGGAAGUUUACCCCAUCAGCGUGCUGGUGUCCUUGGAGACGAAGCCGGGUCUGGGCGGCGGCAGAGAGGCAACGACGACAACAGAGCCCCUGGAGAAGCCAAGAUGCCGUCGAAGGGAAAGGACAAAAAGAAGGGCCAGGGCAAAGACAAGAAGAAGAAGAAGAUAAUAAAAGUUGAGGAAUCUUCUGUGGAAAGAGCCAAGGCCAAUGCCUCCCUUUGGGAGGCCAGGCUGGAAGUCACAGAACUCUCUAGGAUUGAGUAUCGUGAUACUUCCCGAAGACUGGCAAAAAGUAAUGAAGACUUAAAGAAACAGCAGUAUAAAAUGGAGAAAGACACAAUGUCUGUUUUGAGCUACUUGAAGAAGCAGGAUCAGGAGAAAGAUAAUCUGAUUGAAAAACUGAAACAGCAAUUGAAUGAAACAAAAGAAAAAGCCCAAGAGGAGAAGGAAAAAUUGGAACAAAAAUAUACAGUGCAAAUAAAUGAGCUGGAGGGACAGUUCCAUCAGAAAGCCAAAGAAAUUGGCAUGAUUCAGAUGGAGCUCAAAACAAUAAAACAAUUCCAAAAGAGAAAAAUCCAAGUGGAGAAAGAAUUAGAUGAUCUGAAGGAGAAUUUAAGGAACACAGAGCGGAAGCAUCAGGAGACUCUUAGAAGAUUGGAAAGCAGAUUUUUUGAAGAAAAGCACCGACUAGAACAAGAGGCUGAAAAGAAGAUAAUAAUGCUGGCAGAGAGAGCCCACCAUGAAGCCGUUAUGCAAUUGAAUAAUGCUGGAAGAACUGUUUUUAAAGAGAAUGUUUAUCUCCAGAAAGCUCUUGCAUACCAUCUGAAGGAAACCGACACUCUGCAAAAAAAUUCCCAGAAGUUACAAGAGACUCAAACUUUGCUUUUACAGCAAAAGGAGAUCAAUGAUCUGUUGGUUAAGGAAAAGAUAAUGCAGCUUACCCAGCAGAGAUCCCAAAUUCAGACUCUGCAGAAGAAGGUGGUAAGCUUGGAGACUGCCCUGAGUUGUAUGACCAAAGAGUUUGAGACUGAAGUUUUAAAACUGCAGCAGCAGGCAAUGGUAGAGAACCAAGCAGGUCAAAUUGAAAUUUUCAAAUUGCAGCAACUUCUUCAGAUGAAGGACAGGGAAAUGAAUCGAAUGAAGAAGCUGGCCAAGAACAUACUAGAUGAGAGAACAGAAGUGGAAAGUUUCUUUUUAGAUGCUCUACACCAAGUAAAGCAACAGAUCCUGACUAGUAGAAAGCGUUAUAAACAGAUAGCACAAGCUGCUUUCAAUUUUAAAAUGAGAGAGGCGUGUGCAAGAAGAACAGAAUAUCCCAAAAUCCGCACAUUCGAUGGCAGAGAGCACAGCACCAAUAGUGUGAAUCAGGAUCUUAUGGAGGCUGAUAAGUGGACAGAUGUUCAUGGAAAUGUGGAUAUUGGAGAUUUGACCUGGGAGCAGAAGGAGAAAGUCUUGAGGUUGCUCUUUGCAAAAAUGAAUGGCUUUGUUCCUAGGAAAUACAGCCAGAGUUCUAGACCUCCAGUUCCAGACUAUGUUGUUCUAGAUGAAGGAAAAGCAAAGGAGUUUGGGGAUGAAAUUAAGCUUCCAGAUCAAACCUUCAUCACCCAGCAAGUGCCAAUCUUGGACUCUUCUGGUGAACUGGUGAUAUCCAAUAUUCAGAAUGAAUCACAAGAGUCUGACAUGAUUGCAAAAUAGCAAUUUAAUUGCUAAGGAUUUAAGACUUCAAAUUGUGUAUAAGGUCAGUCUUUUACUCUUAAGAAGCUUCACUUACCAGAGUAACUUACAGUAGUUAAACAAAGACACAGGAGGGGAAAAAAACACCCCAACAAACUAUUUUAAGCAAUAGCUUUACUCUCCUUCCUUCAAAUAAUUUUUAAUAGUAUUAAACUAGUUAAUUUUAUAAAAGCUGUGACUAAGGCACAAACUGGAUAAUUCACCUCCAAAAAGCCAAAGUGUUUUCUUAACAGUUGGCCACAUUGUCAUAUUCUGCUAUGUAAUCCCACUGUUAAUUUAUUAACCUAUAAAAGGGAGAUCUGUAUAGAAAACAAGUAUAUUUAUUACUGAAGGUUCCAAAAUGGCUGUAUUUCUGUGGGACUACAAAGAACAUGCAGUAGCCCAUUCAUCCAACUCUUAUUUGGGUACUUGCCCUGUGCCAGGUAUUAGAGAAAAGUAAAUGAUAAUUACAGUGUGAUGAGGGCUUCUUUUUUUUUUUUUUUUUCUUCUCU